GGAAAGUUGUUUCCUGAAGUUGACACUGCGCUGAUCAUUUCCACACCUAAACUCUGCUGCUUCUACAAAAUGACUCCGAAAGGUUUCCCGGAUUUUUGAUAGAUAUGUUUUUUAUCGUCAGGUGAAGUCUGUCUGACGAGAAAAUGAGCUCCAGCGGUGAAGACACAGUGGCGAGCCUGCAGGCCCAGCUAGCCGAGUGCCGAGCUCAAGUCGAACACUGGCAGGGCGUGGCGACGAUCUGCGAGCUGAGCAAACAGGAGGAACUGGCAGAGCUACAAAAACAAUGUGAUCAAGAGAUCCAGUCUCUCCAGGAGGCUCUCAGAGAGACAGCAGCACAGUAUGAGGCCAGGAUAUCUGUUCUCCAGUCUCAGCCUGUGGAGUGGAGAAGAGCCAGUGGGCAGAGCAUGAUGAGUGGAAGGAAAGGCAAGAUGGAGGCAGAUGAAAUGAAUAGAACACACACAACCAACAGCCUGACAGAUGCCGAGGCCACGGCGUCACCAGACAGAAACUCACACCAAUCAGCGGAGCUCGACACAGUGGCGGAGGGAGAAGGACCAUCGCUUACAACAGAAGGGUAUUUUUCACUGCGGCACUGUGACUCGGCCUCGCUGUCGUCGUUCUCCUUAGACACGCCGUCUCUGCCCAGAAAACUCAACGCACAGGACGACACUGACUCUCUGCUCUCCACUGGAACUUUGGUGCCUGAAGCCAUCUACCUGCCGCCGGCCGGACACAGACUGGUCACGCACAACGACUGGGAUUCACUAAAUGCUCAGGUGUCAGAGCUGCGAGUGGAGGUGAGUCGACUGCAGGCUGAGAAGGAGGAGCUGGAGAAAGAACUGGACACACAGACCAACAACACACACAAACAGGUAUCAAUGCUCCAGUCACAGGUCCACACUUCAGAGGCCCUUCUCCAGGAUCUGCAGAAAUCUUUUAGCCAAUCACAGAACGCUGUCCAGAGUCGGCUGGCAGAGCUGUCCUUUUCCCAGAGGAAGGUGUGCAGUGAGCUGUCCAGACUGAAAGGAGAGGAGGUCGAGGACCCUGAGCAACCAGACUCCAGCUCAUCAUUCCCAGCAACACUGCAGGGGGCACACAAUGAGGAGCGUCUCCGCAUCGAGAUUGUCAACCUGAGGGAGCAGCUGGACACCCGGUCAGAGGAGAACGAAGUUUUAGAAGUGCAGCUUUCCAGUCUGAAGACGGAGACAGAGAAGAUCCAGGCUCAGAAGGACCACUUGCAGGCUGAAGUGCUGGCCUGCCGCACUGAGCUGGAAGCCCUGCGGGUGGCACUGUCUCAUGUGCAGAACACCAACAAGGCCAUUGGUAAUGAUAAAGCGGCCCUGCAUCAACAGUGUUUGGAGCUGCGCAGCCAAGUGAUCAGUCUGCGCUCCCAGGUUGACACCAGCCAGACAGUACAGAGGGACUUCGUCCAGCUCUCCCAGUCGCUGCAGGUGAAGCUGGAGGUAAUUCGGCAGGCGGAGACUAUUGAACAAGUCAAAGAAAUCCUGGAGGGGGGAGUCAGUAAAGGUGGUUCCCCGCCUGCAGAUGCCUCAUGAGUUACAGAGUCACACAGGAACCAAAGAGCAGCCCAAGAUAAAACAGCAGUGACCAGUAAGGACCAAUUAACCACCACCACAUGAGACACUGUCGUGACCACUGGGAUAUCACAGCCGGUGCUGUGAGCACAUCUAACAUUUGAUGGAUACUCCUACAGAGACAUUAUUUAUCUGUUUGUUUCCGAGGUGAUGGUUCGGUGUCAAUGGCCGAUACUGUUGCUUAGCGACCAAAGUGACGUUCAAUUAACCAUGAGGACGCUUAACUUUUUUCACGCAUUCUUUUUCUUACAUCCAGUAACAUGUUUAUUCCUCUACUAAUACACAUGAAAAUGUAUCUGUUGUUAAAACUGACUUGACACCAGCAAAACACUCGACAUUCCAACACUUGACUUUUCACUGUAUCAGUAAUUGAUAUGCAAACUACGCAGUUAUCUUUCCAUGCAAACACUUUUUUGCAUCUUCUUUGUGAAGGAGGAGCUCUAACAGCAACAGAUCACAGUGCAAUAAUGAAUAAUAGAGAUACUAAGUAGAAACUCUCCUAAAUUAACUGCAUUUCAGAUGCAAUUUUUAUCACAUACUUUAAUUUGUUGUCUUUUUAUUUUAAUUAGCAUCAUAAACUAUUCCUGUUCUCACCACAACCAUAUUAGCUUCUAAGCUAAUUUACGGAUGUGGAUUAGGAAAGAAGCUAAGAAAAUAAUCAUGAAGAAAUGUGAAUAUGUAACAUCAUGUCAGUUUGUUUUGUGUUAAUAAUACAUAUUGAGAAGUAAAA